AUGCACCACACGAGGUAUUCCACUAAAACAGCUCAGAAAAUAGGAAUCAUUGGCCUGGGAAAUGUUGGAUCAACAGUUGCUAAAAAUCUUCUCAAGUCAGGGUUCACAGUAUCCGCCCUACUUGAUAAAAAUCCAGAUGUAGGCCGUGAUCUCCCUGGAGUCAUACCACGCCCCAAUAUGCCAAGGGAAUUGGCCACAAUGUGUGAUGUGGUUAUGACUGCGUUACCUGCCCCACCUCACGUUAAACAAGUUCUGACAGGCGAGGAUGGUGUUUUAGCGGGAUUACGUUCAGGGGGUGUGUGGAUUGACCAUAGUACCACAGAUUAUCAGCAGACUCUUGAGCUUGCAGAGAAAGCAGGUGAAAAGGGCAUUGGAGUUCUUGAGGCGCCCGUCACGGGAGGAAUGGCACUUCUCAAGCAAGGUAAAAUGACCGUACUGGUAGGCGGAGACAAGCAGCUCUUUCAGGACUGCCUCCCAAUCCUUGAGCAAAGUGGCAAAAAGGUGCUCUACAUGGGUACAAUAGGCGCUGCCACGGUUGCCAAGGUGGUUUCUAACAUGAUAGCCGCUGUAAAUGUUAUCACCAUGGGAGAGGCCUUGCUGCUGGGAAAGAGGGGCGGUGUGGAUUUAAAAUCCCUUUUUGAAGCUGUAAGAUUCAGCGCUGGAAACACGUAUACCUGGGAAACUGAAGCCCCGCUGGUAUUCAAUGGCACAUACGAUCCAGAUUUUACCAUAGAACUUCACUGCAAAGACUUGAACCUCGGUUACGAGCUUGCUCGUAAGUUUAACGUUCCUACUGAGCUACACGCUCAUGCUGAACAAAUAUACAAUCGAGCGCGAGUUAAACUUGGGGAUGAUGUUGGGUCGACUUCUCCUGCAAGGAUGCUUGAAGAAGAUUUGAAUGAAUCAUUGCAGAUUGACGACUUUGAAGACUGGACAUACACCAUUGAACAUAUUGAUGGUUCUAUGGCUGUUCUUCAGACAACCAAGGAUAAAAUUUACGGACAAAAAUGAACAUGUGACUCGGUUAAUAGUGUCCUUGCAGUUAUUGUUCAGUUCAUUUAGACAAGUGAAUUUAUAUCAAUUCAUAACCCCAGGCUAGGCCGCACUAUAUAAGACGGCAACACCACACAAGCCGACAUUGUUUUUGCCUAUAACUAGCUAUUUAAUAAUACAGCUCUAGUGAGUACAUGUUAGCUCUUGUGUCCUCUUGUGGGACUAGUUAGUCCUUUACGAGAGUAAAUGAGAAAUUGGUAAGUUCCAUCACAAUCGAGUUUGCCUACUGCAGACACUCAUUGCACAUAUUUACUAGGCUUUUUAUAUCAUUAUAUUUUGUUAUAUUGUCAUUUUGUAUUGAUAAUCAUAGGCUUUUUAACUUGUUGUUGCACUUGCUGGUUUUCAGUGUCACGCAAUUCAAAAUAGAUCAAAAUAAAAAUCGAAACCGGUCAAUA